GCAAUAAACAACGAAAUUGCAACAGCAAUAAAAAGAGAAACUUACCGAGAGAAGAGGAACAAUGCUGGGAGCUGUGGAGGAAACGAUUGGACAUCUCGUCUAUGAGCUUCAAGCACGAGGAUCCCACCAUCUUUGCGCGCAGCCAGUGGCAGAGGAAAAAAGACCCGAAUGCAUUCUAUCUGGCGUAUCGGGUUGUAAUCACGACGUAUUUGGUGAUUGCUUGGAUUUUAUCCAUGAUAGAUUCGGAUAAUCUGCAUGAACCUUAUAUUUUUCAUCUGAAAUGGUUGAUUUAUUUGACUAACUGGGGAUUCACAUGUUGUGUAUUGCAAGCAUUGGUUUGUACCAUUAUGUUGGUGGCGAGAUAUGCGAAAAUGCGACGGGGUGGAUUAAAUUCUGAUCCGGAUCUUGUGCCUAAUGUACGCCUGUAUAAAAUCUACUGGUUUUGUUUCACGAUUAGUGUUGACCUUGGGAUUGCAAUCACUUUGUUGUAUUGGAUUGUUAUAUUUAAUCCUGAUAAAAUGGAGAUUGAUUAUCUGAACAUCCUGGUCCAUUGCACCAAUAGCAUCGCAAUGGUGAUAGAAUUAUCAGUGGUUGCACAUCCGGUUCGUCUUGGUCACUUCUACGUACCUGUGACAUCCGGUUUUGUCUACACACUCUUCAGUUUCUUCUAUUAUCUAGCUGGUGGUACAUCAAGAGUUGAUGAACCCUACAUUUACCCACCUGUAGACUGGCGUAAACCCGGCCAAGCUCUCCUCGUAUGCUUCGGAGCCUGUAUCCUCUUGAUGGUCAUCCAUGUUGUGACCUAUGGUGCCUACCGCCUUCGUCUCGCCAUCGCCAAACGUAUAAAACUCACCGAUGACGAAGCCACAAUCCCUGUCGAAGAUCAAUUCCGUGGGUUUGAUAAUAACUGCCUAGCCAACGACACAGUCUAGUCCCGUAGUGCUUCGUUUGGUUAUCCGUCCAAUAAUCAGUAUUAAUCUCUAGUAUAUCCACACACCAUUUUAAUUCUACUAUGCAAAACCAAAGCAAUUCAAGUCAAGUUUUACCCUACUACGUAAGAGAGUGAUAAAAAGUCUGUAAAGUUCCUUGAAGUUCAUCAUAGUCAUUAGAACCUAAAUAAGAUAAGUAAGAUAACUAGUGUGAUAGAUUGUUGACUUUUGAAAUGAGACCUAUAUAAGCGUUAAGUAAUGAUUAAUAAAGUCGUAGUUGAGUUACAUCACAA